AUGAUAAGUUCGUUUGAAGCAAGUCAUGAUGAGCAUAAUUUGAACUUACUAGUUUCUAAUAAUAGCUGUAAACCGAAGAAAGAUGUUCGUCAAUUCGUUCCAGGAGAGUUAUGCGUAGUAUGUGGAGAUGCAGCAUCAGGUAUACAUUAUGCUGUUGCGGCUUGUAAUGGGUGCAAGACUUUCUUCCGAAGAGUAGUAUUAGAGAAUAGAACAUAUUCGUGUAAAUUCGAUGGAAAAUGUGUUAUUGAUAAGAACAUGCGUUGUUCUUGUAGACAUUGUCGUUUCAAAAAAUGUAUUCAACUAGGAAUGGAUAGAGAUGAGUUAAAUAUCGAAAGACGACGUAAGCGUAAGGCGAAUAAACGACAAGCUUCUAAUGAGGAAGACAGUGAGCAUUACGUAGAUGAUCCCUUGAUUGCUCUGCUUAUGGAUAAAGAACGCAGAUACCAAGCUUUAAUCAAGUCUUCUUCUAUGCCGAUUCAUAGCAGCUUAACUGAUUCUUUAACCAUGAGUGAGAAACUGUUCGAUCACGCUUUUACGAAGUAUGAGAAGGAUCCUAUGCCUAUGGGUUUCCCUACCAACUUCUCAUAUUGGCGUGCCAAAAUUCUUUCAGUGCUUGUUGAAUGGGCAAAAUCUUUUGAGGUUUUUAAUAAGCUAGCUCUGGAAGACCAGGAACGCCUGAUUGUACAUACAGCCUUUUCCAAUUUAGUGCUUGCUGAAGCAUUUAACACUCCGGAAAAGUAUACUGAUAGAAUAGUUUUCCCUGACGGCUUGAGUGGUUUUCGAAACUUGACUGCGAACAUUCUCAAAGAACGGAGCGGUCUCAUCCCAACUGUUGUAGGAGUUAUUAAUCAUAUAUUGGUCCCGAUUAGACGGAUGAAGUUAACGAGAGUCGAGUACGUCUUACUACAGGCUAUUUUGUUUUAUGAUCCAGAAUGUCUUUCCUUAUCAAUAACUGCUGUGCAGUUGAUUUCAGCUAAACGUCGUCGCUUAUUAGAAUCUCUAAGACGGUAUCUUGAUCUGAAGUUGAAGAAUUCCGAUGAGACUGCGUCGCGUUUCGCUGCUAUCUUACUUCGAAUCAAUAAUAUUCAGAAAGUUGCUGCUUUCAAGAGAGAAACUCUUUCCACUAUGGAAACAUUCGAACUAAUGCUCCCACAUCCUCUCACAAUGGAUAUCUCUCGGCGUUAUCCAGACAUAUCAUUCUUUUAA